GGAGCACUUUCCCAAUUUUCCCGCAAUUCAGACGCACAGCACGAACACGACGAUCGCGACAACGGCAACCACUACUCAUCCACGAACGGCUCUCCGCCAUGAGCGAACAAACAGUGUACCCGGCCACAAAGCUGGGUGAAUACACAGUCAUACAGGAUAUCGCGGAGGGGACCUUUGGCAAAGUCAAAAUGGCUACCCACACCAUAACAGGUCAGAAAGUUGCAAUGAAGUACAUAUCCAAGGCAGUCAUCCAUAUGACCAAGACCAAGACUCGUGUCCAGAGGGAAGUGGAGUACAUGCGAACCCUGCGGCAUCCACAUAUCAUCAAGCUCUACGAAGUCAUCUCGACCCCUACAGAUAUCAUCAUCGUUCUCGAGUACGCCGGUGGCGAGCUAUUCAACUACAUCGUAGCUAACGGACGAAUGCCGGAGCCUCGAGCCCGGAGGUUCUUUCAGCAACUCAUCUCUGGCAUAGAGUACAGCCACAAGCUCAAAAUCGUACACCGAGAUCUCAAGCCAGAGAACGUACUUCUUGAUGAUGAUCUCAACGUCAAAAUUGCGGACUUUGGGCUUUCCAAUGAGAUCAAGGAUGGUGAUUUCCUUAAGACGAGCUGUGGUAGUCCCAAUUAUGCCGCUCCAGAAGUGAUCCGAGGAGGGCUUUACACCGGCCCAGAGAUCGACGUUUGGAGCUGUGGAGUAAUCUUAUAUGUCAUGCUAUGUGGAAGGCUACCUUUCGAAGACGAUGAUGUUCAAACCCUCUUCACCAAAAUUAGCCAGGGUUCUUACCAUAUGCCGUCUUAUCUUGGUGCUGAUGCCCGCGGACUGAUCAACCACAUGCUCGCCAUCGACCCUGUAAAACGUAUAACCAUCCCCGAAAUAACGCAGCACCCAUUCUUCAGGACUGACAUUCCCCGCUACCUAACUCCUCUCCCUCCACCCCCUGGUCCUGUGCUUGGCACGCUAUCGUCCCUUGUCACCCAGCCCAAGGUACUCGACUUUGAGAUCAUUGACGGUCUUGGACGCAUCGAGGAAGAUGUAAUCGACGAACUGGCAGCCCGCAUGCAAGGCGUGGACAAGGACGAUAUUUGGGAGUGUCUGAGGCGGGAUGACGGUGUUCAAGGGAACGCGGUCAAGGUGGCAUACAUGCUUCUACGGGACAAACGCCGUGCUGGCCGUGAUUUGGCAGAGUUCGAGGAACAAGAACGAGAUGCCCAGCUCGCAGCGAUGGAUCCCCGAAAUGCGCUCUCACCCAACGCUCUCUCACCUUCGGGUGAUCUUGAAGACAAUCCCUUCGAAGCCGAAUUUAACGCUGAAUAUGACAAUGGCGAAGAAGACGACGACGAAAUCGACGAUGGACUUGAUUUUUCCACUCCUCCGAUAGAUGGUGAAUACGGUGAACGCGACCUCAACACAUUUGCUGUGCUCAACUCUUCGCUGCCCCUCCCCGACCAGCUACCUGAACAGCACCAUCUUGCAUCAUAUGCAAAUGCCAAACGCGCAUGGCCUAUUAAAGAAAAGAAGCAACACCGGACAAAGUGGCACUUCGGGAUUCGCAGCAGAAGUCCGCCCAUGGAAGUCAUGCUGGAGAUCUAUCGAACGCUCAAGGCACUCGGAAUGGAGUGGAAGGAGAAAAGGAACCUGGGUGGUUUAGGAGGUGUCAAGUCCCGGCCAAGGAGCGGCACGGAAGGGAGCGCAAAGAUCGAACGCGCGAGGGAGAUGGAUGGGUGCGAUUCGGUAGAUUUGCGUGUGGCUGCAAGCGUCUACUUUGUAGAGACCCGAGCCAGAGUCCAAGACGUUGUGAUCCUCAUGAAUCUCCAGCUCUACAUGGUAGACUCGAUAAAUUAUCUCGUCGACUUCCAUCACAAAAAGACAUACAAGGCCUCCGCCGAACCCGGCGCUGGAAGAUUCGACAUGGCCGAUCCUGAUGCAUAUCUCCCCGACUCAAGUUCAGAUGGACGUUCGAUCAAGGACAAAGACCAUCUCGCACUUAAGGAAGACGAGGUGGUUUCGCCCUUUGUAUUUAUGGAUGUUGCAUGUCGGUUGAUCCUCGAACUCGCUGGCGGGGGAGAGUAAGAAAUCCGUCCAAGUCAUUGCGAGGCCAUAACUUGGAAUUGUCAAUGUACCACGCUUAGUGCUAUUUGCUUAUUAUCGAUAGAUGCUGUCUUUGUUGUUCUUUUGUUUCCCCACUGUUACCCAUCUAGCAUGCUUGUACUCUUAUGUCACUUGGUUUAGCGCGAUCGCGAGGCGUGCAGCUGUAUUCAUUAGUGAGUUAUGAUCCAACAGCCUCAAAAGUG